GUGAUGUUGGUCCCCGUCAGUCUGCUGCUGUGUGUCGUUGGGGCUGUGAAUAUGGGGGGGUCUCAGCCCGUGGCCCCCGGCGAAGCUGGCAAACUGGGGGCAAAAAAUCCGGUCACAGCCCCCGGUGUACAGCAGAGAACCAGAAACUGGCAAACUGGCAGCCCUGGUAUCAGACAGGCCCCCGCGGACAGCCCCCGAGCCCCGGAACGGAAGAUCCAACCCAAAAAAUUGGAGAAGGGAAGGAAAGUACAUAAAAUGAGCCCCAACCUCUGCGGGGAGCAGUGCUGCGCAGGGUGGACGGUUGCCCCGAAGACCGGGGCGUGCACCAGAGCCGUGUGCUCCCCUCGUUGUAAAAAUGGCGGCGUGUGCAGAAGACCGCAGACUUGUUUGUGUAAAGGGGGCUUUGAGGGGCCUCGGUGUGAAACACGAAAUGCCUCGGCCCCUGCGCAUGCGCGGACGCAGGAGAGGGCGCUUAAUGCAACGUCUCCACCUCCUGGACCCUGCGCUGGAUGUGAAGCUGACCACCAGAAGUCUAACGCUCUCCAUUCUAUGGAGUCUCCAGCUGUCUCGGUCAUCAUGCCCGCUGUGAGCCCCAAGGAGCCCAUGACCAAUACCAGGGCUCCUCCCGCUAAACUGCGGCAAAGGAACCCCAAAACGCAGAUCCACUCGCCCAACAGCACAACCUCACUCAGCUGGCACUCACUGACUUUGAAGGAACUUCAGUCCAUCCUGCAGAGGAAGGGACUGGCGUCCAAAGGCAAGAUGGCGUCCAUACUGACCAGACAUCUGGAGGCGCAAAUGAAGCAGAUGGCCAGAGAGGGUCAGAAGAUAAACCUGAUUGGAAAUACCCCAAAUACCCCCAAUAAAGCAUCUGCCAUUCAUUCCAACCAAUCGGGUGAGUAA